AUGUCGACUACAGAUAAAAGCCCGAAAGAGCUCAUGGAAUAUCGAACUUUAGGCCGAACAGGUCUUAAAGUUAGUUUAUUAUCAUAUGGAGCAUGGGUUACAUUUGGUGAACAACUUGAUAUAAAUGAAGCAUAUAAUUGUAUGAAAUUUGCUUAUGAUAAUGGUUGUAAUUUUUUUGAUAAUGCCGAAGUAUAUACUGGUGGUAAGGCUGAAACAGUUAUGGGUCAAAUACUUAAAAGAAUGUUCGAACAAGAUGGUAUUCAGCGAAGCGAUUUAGUAAUAUCUACGAAGAUUUUUUGGGGUACACCGUAUUAUCACAAAGAAGUUAAUAAAGCAAAUCUAAAAGGCUUAUCACGCAAACGAAUAAUUGAAGGCACACGCGGAAGUUUGAAACGGCUAGAUCUUGAAUAUGUUGAUAUUAUUUUUGCACAUCGUCCUGAUGCACACACACCAAUGGAUGAAAUCGUUCGAGCAUUCAAUUGGAUUAUUGAUCAAGGUUAUGCUUUCUAUUGGGGAACAUCAGAAUGGUCGUCUGAAGAAAUUCAAGAAGCAUGGCAAAUUGCAGACAAAUUAAAUUUAAUAGGGCCAUGUGCUGAACAACCACAAUAUAAUAUGCUACAUCGUACUCGAUUUGAAGUUGAAUAUGCUCGCCUUUAUAAACCUCCCAUUGGUUAUGGUACAACUAUAUGGUCACCAUUAGCAUCGGGUCUUUUGACAGGAAAAUAUGCCAAUAAACAAUUUGAAGGUGGUAAUAAUCGUUUAGGUUUGACAGGAAAUUUAUCAUGGCUUCGACAACAAUUUGAAUCUGGUGACGGUCUUAAUGGUCUUGAAGAAAAAAAUGUUGAUCGUAUAUUAGGAAUAGUUGAAAACUUAAGGCCAAUCGCUGAAAAACUAGGUGCGACAUUAGCACAAUUAGCUCUUGCAUGGGCGGCUAAAAAUCCUAAUGUAAGCACAGUAAUUACUGGUGCAAGUCGUUCAAGUCAAGUAACAGAAAAUUUCAAAGCAUUAACAAUUCUGCCAAAAUUAACACCUGAUAUUAUGGAAGAAAUAGAACAAGUUUUAAAAAAUCAGCCAAAACAACCCAGAGAUUGGAGAUUGAUGAACUAA